GUGUUUGUUUGUCUUUGAAAGGUUACCUAGCGACUUUCACGCGCGCACAUCAUAGGAACAAUAGUAUUUACUAAUCGUCUCGAUUUCCAUACUGUGCUCACAAAAUAUGGCGACGAGGAUGCGGUUUUAUCUGUUACAGCUUUGUAUUACGUUACUUUACGUUAGAGGCGUUUGUCCUAAAAUCGUAGAAGGAACGUUGAACACGAAAGACGUGAGAGACUCAUUUGUAUGGUGACGAAGUUUGAGUUUCUUCCGUAGUGGAGUCCACUUUUUGUGCUAAUGAUUUUCCCCCGUUAUUUCCUCUUGACAGGACUGGAGUUUCUUAAGUAGAUUUUGUUAUAAGGAUUCUAUAGGACGUCUAAGAUAUCAUUUUGAAUAUCCCUUGGUAAGUUAGGUUUUGUCAUUUUGUUGAUGUAAGGCUUUUUCGUCUUCUUCUGACCGCAAAUAUAGGUACAUCCGCUCUUUUCGUUGUCUGCUAUCUCAACGUCCACUUGUGGGUGAUUGAGAAUCCCCGAUAAAAUUUGUUUACAAUAACUAACAGAGCUAAAUAAAUGGCUCUAUGUAAGAAACUACACUGUAUUUUCAGAGAAGCUGUACAUAGGUGAAUUAUAUUACGUUCGAGAACACAUGAUCGAAUCAUGAAGAACGGAUAUUAACAUUGCUUCAAACUGAAGUUGUUUAUUUGUUUUUCAGGCUUACGCUACAGAGAAUAUUUUUCUGUAUUUUGACACACAGUGGCCAAAUGUAUACCCUAAACCCGGCAUGGUAAGAUCUUGCUCUCAAAAAGCACUGUUUAUUAUUCCAAGCCCUUUUUUUGUGAUUGCAUGUUUCUGAAUUGAAGCUCAUUGAAUUGUGCAUGUUCUCUGAAUCCGCUCUCUGUUAUAAGGUUACAUCAAUGCUGUCAUUUCUACUUAUGGCAGAAUACCAUAACUGUCUCAGAAGAUAGGGAAGUUAAAAUAGUGAUCAUAGCUUUGAGCUUUGCUUUAUAUGGUUGCGUCGAAACUUACUUGAAUGUUGAAAGUUCAUAGGGUUAGAUUUAAUACAGGUGCAUACAUGUAGGCUACCAUAAUUAUUAACAUAAACUUAAAACUUCAAAAUGACUCCUGUUCUCCCUAGACGAAGUUUCCGUAUUUUUCAUAGCUAACCAAACUGUGAUAAUAUACGCUUAUGUCUUUAACUUCUCUUUCGUUUUAAAGAGUUAUCAUCUUAUAGGCACUAGCACAUGUUUUUACUGUUAAAUUAUGUUAGAGCUAGUGAAGUGAAUUUUAGCCAUGUCAUGAUUACAGCCCAGUGUGACGAACAUAGAUGUUAUGGUUCAAUGCAAACCACGCAAGUGAUAUAUUGAUUCUUCCUAUACAAUUGUAGAAUGCCUACCAUUUGCCAUGCUUAACUAAAAAAAAACUGGCUUUGUGGCAAAGUAGAAAAAAAAUAUAAUUUAAGAAUUAUUUCUUAUAUGUAGCCAUCCAAAAAUAUACAAUGUAUCUCGUUGUGAUGAGUAUCAAUAGUUGCCGGACUCCCUCUUAAGUAUAGACAUACAAUAUUGAGGACCCCAUUGAGUAAGCCCAGGAGGGUACUCUAGAUUUCAAGUGAUGGAGAUAACACCGGCAAUUGAAUUGGGGCAAAUAGCAAAACCCCAAAAAAUCCCUGGACUAAAACUUAACUCCCAAAAAAUCUCAUGUAGAACUCCCAGGCGUCAAGAAUUCACUACAAUAUGGGGAAUUUCCUACCAAGAUAAGGCCGGGCAUCAACAGAGUAGAUAAGAAAUCAACUAAAUAAAUUAAAUACAAUGAACUUGUUUGAUACACCAGGGAGACUUUGCAGAGUAUAAUAAAUUAGCCAGUUUUGCAGAGUCUGAUGUAAUGUAAUGCAUUAACUUUUCAAAACAACUGCAAAACAAGUUUGGUUCUACUUUAUUCACAGAACAAUGUGUCCGGGAUACACCGACACCUCCGCAAGUCUUUUAAAUAUACAAAAACGGCCUACUUCUGUUAAAACACAUAAAAAUUACUUGCCAAAGUUUCCUAUCACCCAAGAUACUAUCCCGCAAUGGAAAACAUUAAACCCCCCAAAAUUCUUCAAGCAUCCCCAUUACUAGAAAAUCUGAAGUAACCCCCUGAGAGAAUCUGUAAGUUUUAAGGACUGGGCAUGCAGUGUGUAGAAAUAAUAAUAAUAAUAUUAAUUUUGAGACAAAGCAUAAACUUAAUAGUGGUGAGCUGGCUAUGUGGUACAUGUUGAACAAUAAACAAUUAAUUUUGAUACUGGAAGCCGCAACUGUAGGCAUCUUAAAUGUUGGAUAUGUGGUGUACAAAAUUCGCCAAUCACAAACAAAUAAAUAUUUGUUUUUGUACACUGCAUACAUGUGUAGCUGGUUGUCAAGAACGCUGCCAGUGUAGCAGCUAGUGUACAGUAUCUGCUACUGCUGUCAAGCCAUUUUAACUUUCCUGCAAUGUCUCCCUUUUUAAUCAGCUGAUAGUAAAUACAUUGUACAUGAUAUAAACUGUCCUUUAACAGUAGCAGGUACAAUUCCUUUGUGAUUGUUAAGUUGUUACUUUACUUACAACUGUAGGGUUAUUUCUUUGGGAAAAUCCAAAUCAAAAACAGGAUUUGGGGUGUUUUGAAUUAAUUCCAAAACUGGAUUUUGAAUGCUCACAAAAGGAUUCAGUCAAUACAUCUGUCAAACAGUUUUUUGGCUGAAAAUAUGAGGACGGCCAUGUUUAUGCCAGUUUGCAACAAUGUUGCUGCCAAAUGAAACUAAAGAAAUUUGUUCCUUUUGUCAUAAUGAAACUUAAGUCUGGUUUUCACUUGAGACGGAGUGGUAAGCAGAGUCGUAAGAGCACUUAUGACCCAGUGAAAAUCAGAAGUCGGAGUCAUAAGCAGAGUCAUAAGCACAACAGAAUUGGAGUGGAAAGAAUCAGAAUGUUCCAUUUUCUUCCGACUCUGCUUAUGACUCCGUUGCUUAUGAUCUAGUGAAAACAAGAUUGACAUGGUCAGAAGCAGAAGCGGAAGAAUAGACCAAUCAAAAUGCACAUUCUCACGCUUUGUGAUUGGUAAUAGUUCUUCCACUUCUGCUUGCGACUCUGACAGCCUAGUUUUCACUAGAUCGUAAGUGACGGAGUCGUAAGCAGAGUCAGAACGAUGUUUUCACUAGAUCAUAAAGUUCUUCCUGUCUGAUUACAACUCCAACUCUGACUCCAUCGCUAGUGAAAACCAGCCUCAUAGAAUCUGAGAUCAAUAAUAAUUUGAUCUUGGUGUCUCCUGGAGAAACACACCCCAAGUUUUAUACUUGUCUUUGGUUAAUACAGUCAUGUAAAUGUUAUGUAUUAUUUGAAAAAAUGAAGGUUACUCCAUUAAUAUUAACAUCUGAAUUACCUAUACUGCCCCAGGGAGAAACAAACUUCCUUUAUGACACCUUAGGGCUAUAAUAAUAACCUUUCCAUAAUUAUUAUAGAGUAUUGUGUGUUUUCAUCUCAAGUUGCCUGAUGGGUGAGCAUAAUGGUUGUUGAUCUCUUCAAAUAAUUAUCACGCUUCCUAAUCUAUCAUUUUCAAUUCAUUUUCUACAGAAAUGCAUCGAUAGAGAAGACAAGGUGUAUAGAGGAAAUAAUCAAGUUAUCAACCUCACAACAAAUUACAUAUGGUCAGGAUGCGUUGAGAAGGAUGUGCUGGGAACAACAUACCUAGUUUGUGAUGGUAAGAAGAUUGGUAUUUUUACACUUUUCCUAAUUAAUUAAUUAUCUGUCUGGGAUAUUCGACAAACUGUUCUUAUAGACAUGCUCUCUCAAAUCAUAAAUGCCUAAUAAACGCCCUUCCUAUGCUUUUAAGUUUGUAUUAGACGUCUCUCUCUAUUAAACGCCCCCAAGUCUAGUAGAUGCCCCACAAAUGGGAAUAUAGAGCAAAGCAUUUAAUUCUUCAGUUACUCAGUUUUUUGCUUGAUCUACAAGAGUUUGCGCUUUGCAUCUUCUUUAAUGUCAAGUUCAAGGUGAGGAUUUUGACAUUCAAGAUUUAAAAGAAUGGUGUGAAUCUUAAAAUGGUUUAGAUGUGUCUAAAUGUAUCAAUUAUUGAUGGACUGAAUAUUCUGCUUUUUAUAAAUCGUGGUGAUAUAUUUGCCAAAAGCAUAUUAGUUUUGUGGAGUUUGUUACAUCUAUGAUGCUAAAUGCCUCUCUCAUUUAAACGUCUCCUGUCUAUUCAACGCCGCCACUAAUGGGCUCCUAAAAUUAAAAUAAUAGAUGCCCUGGGCGUCUAUUAGAUGAUUUACCAUCACUUUUAAAUACCCUAUUUGGCUAGCAGUUUGAUUAGUUUAUACCGCCACAUGGUUAGUUUUGGUUGGGUCCUUGACUAUGAAGUAGUUUAAGGCCUGUGUUAAAUUCCCAGGUUGAACAAGACUCAGGUUCUUUUAAAAAUAAGUGAGGAGAAAGUGAUUGCUUUGCUGUGCCAUCUGUACAUGGUCAGACUAGUUUGAUAAGAGCAAAAAAAAAACAUAGACCCCAUCUCAAAGUAUUCUCUAAAAUCUGAUAAACCUCUGGGGUCUAGGGUGUGAACUAAGCACCAGAGACAAAUGCUAGCAGUGACAACCACCCCUCAAAUUCACAAGUACAUCUCAAAUUCACAGUAGAGAGCCUUAUAAUUUCUCAUUAGUUCAUGAAUUUUUUAUGCACACAGUCUUGCAAAGCCACCCAACCGUUACAGUAAAAACCCACAAGUAAGAACCUACACCAACUGUAAGAUUUAAGAACCUGUUAGGCUAAAAUUUGCAAUUUAGACCCCCUUCUAUAUAAGAACCUCUUAAGCCUAAAAUUUGGAGAAAGGUUCUUAUUUUAAAAAAUCAUUUAAAAACAUUUACUUAAAAAGAAAUGGUAUAAUAAAUGUAUGAUCAAUCUGGAUGAGUAGUUGCUACAUGUCAAUUCUAAUGUUAAAAAUUCUGACAUGCAUAUAAUUAUUAUUGUGUUUUACAGCACAAUCAUGUAUAUAAAGUUGUUUUGACUCAAGAAAUUAAAAUUCAUGUGAGAAUAGAUCUCUAUUAUGGUCAUAUUAAAUGAUUGCUUAUAUUAAUUUUAAUAUAAGCAACAUUAGGUAUGCAAAUUUAAGGGUGCUGAUCACUAAAAUCUUCUUAGCAACGACAUAAUUUUUUGCAAGAAAUUAAGAACCUAUUAAGAACCUAGGUAGCCUAAAUUUAUGUUAACCACCAUUUAUGUAAGAACCUGUUUAGGCUAACCCUGGAAAAUGUAGGUUCUUAAUCGUGGGUUUUUACUGUAUUUUAAAUUAUUAUUGGAGUGGAUAAUGAAGGGAUAUAUAUACAAUUAGUACAUAAUAUUGUUUACAUUUACCACAUUAAGCAAGGCUGCUUAUAGCAGUUACCUAGUAAAUUUCAAUUUAUUGCAGCUGUGGCCAUAAGUUUAAACUGAGGGGGGGUGGGAAGGAUUUGUUGGCAAGUGUUGUUCACCAAAGUGGAACCAAAGAUGACACUAUUGAAAACUGACAUGCCUUUUUCUUGCAUUUUAGCCUUCUAUUGCAUGGCUCUAUAUUUACCGCCCAUUGCAUGGGAUGGUAGCAGAUUAGAAUUUAUAGUAUUAUUAUUUGAUGAAUUAAUAUGCACAAAACAGGGAAUAGGUAGAUUAAAUAGCAGCUAAAAAUACCUGGGUAGUUGAUAAGGUUUAUGUUGGAUUAAGUUUUAUUUUCUUCAUCUGAGUAAAAUCUUGUGUACUUCUUAGCUGCCUUCUAGUUUUGUGUUAAUCAUAGCAAAACUGGUUUGUAUGGCCAAGUUCAUGUUUCAGCCCAAGCUGAAGGGAAUUAAGCAGUAAGGGUUUUUUUGCCUAUUUAAUCACUGACAGGUGAAGAUUCUAGCCCCUUUACCACAAACUGGACUUAAACUACCCUACGAACAGAGGUUUCUUUCUGGCAUGGCUUCUGGCAUUCAUAAACUUGUUUGCGUGGGUUGUCAGUUGUGUAGUUUCUCUCUGGAGCUUAAAAAAAAAAAAAACAGCUAAGCGACUGACAAGCCACGUGGAUGACUUCAUAAAAGCUAAAAGCCAUCAUGCUAGGAAGAAAGCUUUGCUCACAGGGUGGACUGAAACUUGUCUUGCUUAAUUCGGCAGAUUUCUUAAAUGAGGCAUUUUUGCAACAAAACAGGCUGGGGUUUCAGCUUGGGCUGAAAUACGGUAAUUGACUGGUUUACUGAUAUUUUUACUUGCUCCUUAGGGGAUCGACGUUUUAAGUCAGAUCGUGAGAGAUGGUGGUAUAUAGCUGUGAGUAACUGUGAAACCACAAAGGUAUGAAAAAGAACCUGAAAAAUUUUGAGCUUUGGUGAAUUAGCAUUUCAUGAACAGCUAUCUCUCAUCGCCCCUUGUUGCUGGGGACAUUUUGUCAGAAGGGACAUCUGCGCCUCAGCAACAGAAAUCCAGUACUGAUGAUAUAAAUGAAUGUUCACAUACACCUGUAAUAAAUUAAAUCCGUUUGCCAUGUAAAAUUUACAUCUGGAACUCCAUGGCAAACAGAUUUAGUUUGUUUGGUUUUAUGACUUUAAUGUUUUUCCUGGUUGAUUAAGUUUUGUGUUUUUCUGGGAACGAGCUCCAGCAAAACUCAAAUGCUUCUUCUAAAGAACAAUACAUGUAUAUGUUACAGGUCAAAGUUAUCCAGGUUAAAAUUUUUUAACCUAAAUCUGUAGGUUGAUUCUCAACUUCCUUUGUCUUCUAGCCCUAAUUCAUGAAUAAUUAAGGCUAGGGACAUGCAGAGGGAUAGAGAAUCAACUUUUGACCUGUAACAUAUACUGUACAGUCAACUCCUUUUAAAGCAGACACUGUAGGGACGUCAAAGUAGUGUCCUCAUUAGUGAGAGUCCGUAAUAGCGGGAGUUUAUUUCACUUAAAUGUCUGUAAUUUGUUUUUGCCGGGGAUGUAGCUGCUGUCUGUCUUAUCAAGAUGCCCAGUAUGGCAGGGUGUCUGCAAGGCAACAGUUGACUGUAUUCCACGAGUAUUGACUGUUUUGCAGUAUAGAUUCAUCGCAUUCUUGUUUAACUUUUGUGACCUUUUGUCUUUUGUCUGUCGUUCGUAAACAAUAUUGCUAUAAAAACAAUAUAACUACAGUUGACUCCCAAUCACUCAAACCUUCUAGGGAAAUAGAAAAAAGUUUGAGUUGUUGGGAGUUUGAAGCAAAUAACCAAAAAUAAGGAAAUAAAAAAAUGAUCUAGAGGGGAUACAAGUAUCAUGCACACUUUACUUCAAUGGAUGCAAGAGAUAUAGAUUGAUGUUUUGAAAAAGGAAUUAAGUGGCAAAGCUUGAUCAAUAUAGAGGAAUGAACACUGAAUUUGAACUGGAAAUUGACGCAGUUGCUUCAGAAAUAAACUUAAUGUUUUUCCUUGAAUUGUCGCAAUGUUAAAACAUGGUUCAAGUUAUCGUGGGUAAAAUCCUACAGAAAUUGUCUGAAGGGAAACAAAAAUUAUUUUGAAUUAGUGGGAGGUUGGCCAUGGAGUUAUUGUGGGUUCAAGUUAUGAUUACUGAGGAUAAAAGUACAGAAAAUGUAUGAAGGAAAUCCAGGGGAAAUCGACUUUGGUUUGAGUUAGUGGGAGGUUUGAGUUAGCAAGGGUUUGAGUUAUCGGAAGUCAACUGUACUACGUUGAACAAACAAAGCUCCUAACCAGAUUCCGGAAAGAUUUUGCAUUGUCAGUAUGGAAUUUUUGUUGCUGAGGCGCAGACAUCCCCUCUGGCAAAAUAUCCCUCACAGUGAGGAGGAAGGAGAGAUGGCUGUUGUCGGCUAGUCAGAAGGGAGCUGAAAGAAAGGGUCCCAAGUGACUUCAAUUAAAUUUCUACAUUAUUAACCCUAAAAAUUACCUCAUGUUUUAAAAUUAUUAUUGUUGUUUUAAAAGAGCAGAAGCAGAGCUUUUAUUAUGGGCCAUAACCCAUAACACCUGUGACAGCUGAGGCCACUUGAUGUUUCAGGUGGUCAGUGUACGUGGAAGGCUAACGGUGACCCUAUAAAUGUCUGUGAGUUGUUAUGGGUGAAUCCCGAUUAGUUAGCUGCGUCAAAACUUUAUGACAGCCGUGAGAAGGAAUUUCUCAAAAGAUCAAGAGUCACUUGGGGCCUUCAGAUAUUAUUGGCUGUGAUAACUAGUUAAGUGAGAAUUGUGGACGUUAGUUUUUGUCCAUAAAUAAGGUUAAAGGCAAAAUAUGUGUCACAGGUCAAAUCUAAAUUUUGAUUUCAUUUUUUAACCAAAGUUGAUUCUUAAUUUCGUUUGCCUCUCCUAUCCCUAAUAUAUUCACAAAUAAUAAGGGCUAGAAGACUAACUAUUUAAUGAAAUUGAGAAGCAACCUGUAUUUAAUUUUGACCUGUAACAUGCAUGAUUUGUCAGUAGCAAGCAGUAUUAUAUAUAAUGUUUUUAAUUUUUGUCAUAAUGACACCAUGUUUAUAGAUGAUUAUACUGCUGAUACAUGUAGCUAUGUUUAAUAUUUUUUUGUUGUGGUACUGAUCCAUCUACUUUGAAGGACACCUUGAUCCACUUUAGUUUAAACCUCCCAACAUUUUCUGAGUCAAAUGUGUGAGGUUUUCGUCUUGUCAUGACCAGAAUUUUUGAACAUUUCCAACAAAUUUUGAACAUUGCCAAAAAUGUCCGAAGAUGUUCCAUCGACCUUUGAGCGCUUUCAAAGCUAUUUCAUUGGUGACAUUUUAGUGUGUUGUGAUAAAGUUAAGAAAUUGCCUUUGAUGGAGAUUAAUGUCUUCAGUCCAUAAGCAUGAGAUUUAUGUAUAAUGCGUGAGGGUUGGCAGGCAUACUCCAGAUGUAUGCUUUUAUUCCUCACGAAAGUGGGUCUUUAAUUUUGUUGGAAUUUGCUAUGCGCAUGACUCCCACAAGGAUCGCAAGCCAGGCCAUUCUCCCAAAGUGCUCCGCGAGGUCUUGUGAUUCACAUAUUUUUAGUUACUUGCUAUUUUCACUGACUGACUGUGUUAUUUUAGGGAUUAGUACUGCAGUACACUUUGGAAAUGACAAAUGGUGAUGGCUGGGGUAAACACUUCUCAGCUGAUGAGAGAUGUAUGUAUUGGUUAUUAGCACACCCAUAUUUGUUUAAUAUAUAUGAAAUUCUAUUUAAAACUGCCAAUAAUAAUAUUAUAAGUUACAAAGUAGAAAACUAUGCUUUCUGUUGAGAUUCAGGGGUGGGAUGGGGGAGGGUGUAGUGCAAAAUAGAGAGUCUCCAGAUUUUAGGUCUCCGGAGAUUGGCAUCUCUGUAAACCAUAAGCUGGAUUGUCCUGGGUUGUAAUGGAUUCAAAUCCGCGACCCCACUUGUAAACAACCAAAUGGUAAAUGGCCUCAACCAGAUGGGAUUCUUAGCCAUGUUUUGUUUCUGCGUCAGUGAUUUCCUAGGUCCACUGGCCUUAAUGCCACGAAAGUUGCCAAUGGGGAAUAUAGAUUAUCUCAUUCUCUAUAUUAUAACAUUAUAUUUAUCAGUGAAAUAUCUUUCUAAUGACUAAUGUUCUUUUCUUUUUUUUUUAACAGAUAUUCUUAUUAUGGAUGCAGUUUUCUUUGGGGCAUUUACUUUAAUGUGGCUGCUUUCUGUCUAUGUAGCAAGUAAGCACCUAUUGUAAGCUUCUAACCCUUUUAACACUUCGUCUUCCGGGGUCGCCGAAAUCGGAGCUUCAGGAACGGUGACCAAAGAAAUUUCGCAAAAAAUUGUGUUACUUCCGAUUGCUCCCAAAUUUGGCACACAGGAAGUUAAUAGAUUUAGCCAAUCACCUGCCUAGUUCCAGCCCCUGUCGACUUUUGACCGUCACACACCGGGUUUUCGAAAAUUUUGAAUUUUAUGGCGAGUCGCGGGGAAUCUUUGUGAGCCGGUUUUGCGAAUAAUGAAAGCUUGUAUCGACGAAUGUCAACCAAAUACAAGUCAAACAAACUAUUCUGAAGGAUUUUGGAGGAUAACAAGCAAAAUAAACGCUUGUCGAGGUUAGGAAACAAUUAGAAUCUGUGCAUGCAAAUCGCCGAUCGCCCACUCUGUGCCACAUGUUCUUGAAACGGCGACGAUUUCCUUCCCGUUUUGCCUUCGCUUCGCUUUUAAGCUGUCAAAUUCUUGCUUAUUUUGAUGAAGUCUAUCAGCAAAUUCAUGUCUGCUUGUCCCUAACUCGAUAUUUUUUUUGGGAAUCGAGGAAACAAAGCGUCUCAGUGAAGUAAACAUGGGGUCACGAGGUGGCGCUUAAAGGAUUAUGCUAAUUAUGAUAAUCCAAUUAGCAUAAUCAUGACAGCGUGCAGGAAAAAAUUUGUAGAAAAUUUCUAGUCGCUCCAUAUUUUAGAACGAUUUUCGGGUUUUUUUACUUACAUAUUGAUGAAAAAUAUUUCUUGCUACCAUAUCACCCAAAAUAAAGAAGUUUCCUAGCUAAAUGACAUUCUUUAAAAUUUUAAAAAAUUUUUAUGCAAAAUAUGCUUUUCUGAAUUUUUUUGUGGCGGAAUAUUAUGGGUUUCCUAUGACCGAAAUAUUUUUUUUUCGAAAGGGUAUUCUUUUCCCUUUCCAAUGAGGUAUAGCUUGAUAUUGAACUGUAAAUAACACCAGAGAUAUGAUUUUUUAAAGUUACAUGGCAAAAUAUAUUGAAAUAAUUGGCAGCAGACAAGGAGUUAAGGCCCCAAUAUACACAUACAAAUUCUCCAAACUGAUCUCUAUACAUUUCCUUAAAAGAAUGAGUUGAGAGAAUUUGAUAAAAGAUCAAAGCAUUUUCUCUUUGGUGAUCAUUUUAUUAAUUCUCAUAACCUAAUCUCUUGACAUUGUAUGGAUAUUGUUAGGAGAAAAUUGAUGUUGGUCACCCUUUGGGACUUAAAAGGUUAACAAAAUGUUACUUUCACCAAGACGCAACGAGAAUGUUGCUUUUUUAUUCUGUGACAUACCCACUUUAUAUCAUAGUCAAUUGACAGCUGUCAAAAUGAGGUUUCUGCUAAGCAGUAUUAGUGGCUGUAAUGUGGGCUCAGGUUCACAAGCCAUUCACCACUUUAGAAACGAGAAGGAAGCUGGGGCUGUUACUUGGGACAGGGAAAACAAAUUGGUAAAUAGCGCGUCCUCAAGGCUGGUUUUCACUAGCGACGGAGUCAGAGUCGGAGUCGGAGUCGUAAGCGGAGUCGUAAGAGCGCUUAUGACCCAGUGAAAAUCAAACUCGGAGUCGUAAGUGGAGUCAUAAGCGCGACGGAAUUGGAGUCAGAAGAAUCAGAACGUUUCCAUUUUCUUCCGACUCCACUGACGACUCCGAUCACAGUGCACGUUCCCACGCUUUGUAAUUGGUUUGGUUCUUCUGCUUCUGCUUCCGACUCUGACAAUCUGGUUUUCACUAGAUCAUAAGUGGAACGUAAGCAACGGAGUCGUAAGUGGAAUCGGAACGCUGUUUUCACUAGAUCAUAAGCUCUACGCUUCUGAUUACAACUACGACUCCGACUCCAUCGCUAGUGAAAACCAGCCUUUAGAAACAUUAACGGUCCUAGAAUUCUUUGUGAAAGCUAACUCAGCCCAAGGUUCCUUCUUGUUUUUAAAAGGUGAAUCAAGGUUGCACAUUUUGGAAGGUUUUCUGCUGACUACUGUAUAAAUUUUAUUGAAUCAAAGGGCUCAAGUUUGUCACUGUUUUGUGUUAAGUGACAGUAAUGCAUUGGUACCUCAUUGCUUUAUUAUAACAUGUUCAUACGUUACAUGUACGUAACAAUAUUGUUACACUGUAUUUGUCUGUUGCAGAUUUACUUUCAGCACGAAGACUUUUUCACUUUUCAUACAAGUUAUUUAUGGCUUCAAUUUCAUUUGAAGGUGAGUAGAACUUAGUGUAUUUACAAUGAAACCUUUAUAAAUGCAGUCACACAUUUUAUGUUAAGACUGUUACCCUCUGGGUUUGAUUAUCCUGGCUACAUUUCACAUUUUCAUGCAGUAAUUAUGUAGUAAAUUUUAAUUUUUGUGAACCUUUUGACACUCAAAGUGACGGUGGGUUGAAUGUCACAAGUCAAGAAAAAGUAAAAUGUUGUGGGCAAAUAAUAAUUCUUCCAGCAAGAGUAAAUUUUGUCACGUCCCUGCUAAGACAUAUGCCAUCUAGGUUCAUCAUCAAAUUUAAUUUAUUGCUAUUAAUUUUUCUUUUGUCAGUCAUAAGCUUGAUUUUCUACAUGAUAUACUAUGACAUGUUUAGAAGAAGUGGAACAGAGACAUAUGGCUGGAAAGUUGCAGGUAGGUCUAUUUUACCCUUAUUAGACCCUUUGUAGUAACUGAGGUUUGCAUGCAUGGGACGGAUAAAAGGUAGUUAUUAAAGGGCUGCCAUGUCAUAUUUAUUUAUGGUCUUUUGCUUUAUGGUAAUAUAUUUGAAGCUACCAGCCAUGCUGCUUUCAUUCCCUUUACUUGACAAAAUGCAAAAAAAACUGCCCAAAAGUUGGCUACACAAUUUGCUUCCCUAGAGACGACUUAAGCCUUGCAUUAUUUUUCUUUCCCGCCUACAGUUUUUUCCUUUCUUUCUCCUUUUUUUGCCUCAAACCAUUAAUCUACCCUGUCCUUGUUUUAAGAAAUGAAAAACUAAAAAGUAUACUAUGGGUAUUUGGUCUGUUUCUGAUCACUGACAAUCUCAUUAUUUUGGGCAUGAAUUGAGAUUAUUAAAUUCUUGUGAUACUAACACUUAAAACACAUCAAAAGUGCUUGUUUUCAUUAUCUCUUGAUAAAUUUCCUUUUAGGUCGUGGAAGUCAUUUCAUUUCACAUGUAGUAUUUCUUAUCAUGUUAAUUUUGAUGGCAAAAGGGUGGACUGUUACAAGGUUGGUAAAAUCUUGGAGGAUUGAACCAUAAAGUUUAUUAACUCUCAUGAUAUACAUUAAUCAACUUACAAUGAAUAAUAUAAUAUAUAAUGAAGGUGAAUAAUAAGGUAAAGCAUUAGAAAUUUUAAUAUAAUCUAGUUUAUUAACGAAAAAAUAUAAGACAUUUCUUUGUUGAACUUACCAAUAAGCCCCCUCCCCCAUUUUCAAGCCCAUCUACCUCUAAAUAAAGAAAUACACGUGGUUAUAAGCCCCCCUGAAGCUUGUAUUGAAAUGAAUUCAACUUUUUAGGAUGUUUUGAAGCUUAACAAAGUAAUUAAAUUCAAAAAGUAUUUUGAUAAGCACUGCUAUGUACCUUGUUUUGAAAACACUUUUUUUAGUCUGGUUAUAAGCCUCCAACUCCCCCCCUUCCCUCACCCUUAUAAACCGUCCUAAAAACCCCUUAAAUAUUUGUAUCAACCCAUGGCUUAUAAUCGGAAGUUUACUGUAUUGUAAUAAUACUUUAAUUUUGCUUUAUUUAUUUCUUUAUUCACUGAUUACUUAAUAUGUAUUUCGCUGAACCAUCUUGUGCAUAUGAACACAUUUACAUGAAAUACAUGCAUUAUUAUUAUUAUUAUUGUUAUUAUUAUAUUAUAUAUUACUUUUAUUGUUGUUUUUAAAACAAGUGGAUCUCUUACUUCAGUAUCUGAGUGCUGCAUUUAGUUUAUAGAUUCUUUGAACAUGAUCAAAAUCAGUUUAAUCUGAGGUUGAAAAAUUUUCAGGGUGUCAACCAUCUUUCUCAACACUGAUCACGUCAAUAAGUGUUAAUCACGACAAUGAAGCACGCGGUGUAUUAGGGUAAAAUCUUACCGUGAUUGGUCUGAUGGUUUACUUUGCAGAGGACGUAUCAGUUCGUCUGGUCAAAUCAAACUAAGUGUCUUUGGUACAGUGUACGCAAUGUGUUUCGCCAUUCUCUUCUUCUAUGAAGCAUCUGUAAGUAUUACAUGAUCAAUGUUAGUUCAACUGAAACGUUGGGCAGAUAUAUGGUUAUGCUAGCACCUCAUAAUAAUCAUUUUUAAAUUGAUUAACAAUUUAUAUGAUAGAGGGGAAAUAAGUAGCAGUUAUAUUCAGGCUGCAAAUGAUCAUUAAUUUUUUUUGUAAGGACUGAUUUCAAACUAUAAGUCGUCAUUUUGGUUGAGCAAGUUGGGCAAAAAUGUAGUCAGCCAACAUAUGUCUUGAACUUUUCUCCCACCAUUUUAUUGUGCCUGAUUCUCAAUUACAGAAAAUGAUAUAAGGCUUAUAAGGAAGUUAUGAUUUAUUACGUUUAAUAAUUACCCAGGACUGAGUUUAUAUUCCUGUUUAAAGUGGUGAAGUCAGUGAUGAUUUGAUCCGGUUGCUAUUUCAUUGGACAUAGGCAAAUUUUUGGCAGCAGUUGUCCAAUGGCUGAUUGUCAUUAAUUUACAACCUUGCGUUCAGAGGGUUCAUUCAUAUUUUAACUAUCGCUGGCUUAUUUGGGAAUUUAGAAAAUAUUAUCCAUAUACUGUUGGAGAAGCAAGAAUGAGACUGUUUCCCAAAAUUUGAGAACCAAAACAUGGCAGAUGCUCAAGGGGGAGACCAGCAACAACAUUUAUUGACCAACAGACAGGAAUGGGAGAGAUUUCAGUGCGGGUGCACCUGAAAUUGAUAUAUUAUAGAUCCAUACACUACAGAGAAUAUAAUUAUUCAUACUCUUAACAAUCCCAGGAGAGAAUGUUGGAAGUCCUUUACUCUUAGUGGGUAAUUAGUCUUUCACAGACAAAAAUGGUUAGUAUUUUCUAUGAACAGAGGGGUGAGCAAAACUUCACAUGGGAGGGGUAAGGGUUAGUGUAAUGCCUUGUAAAUUAGGGAUAUUUUAGGAGCAACGCAAUUUCUACUAGUAAUUCUGAAAGUGAUCAAGAAUUUGUGGCAAUACACAAGGAACUUCACUGUGGCCAUUUCUUGCAAACAUAACACUAAUGCUUUUAAGUUCGCAUAGAAGAAGAAAGCACCCUUGCGCACAUACAGCAGUGUAAUAAUAUAUUGCUUGAAAAAAUAAGCACCUACAUUCUUUGCUGAACUCUUUGCUAUUUUCCCCCAAAUGAAAAGGUUUUUGACCCUGGCCAAGUUCUGUAUAUCUAUGAGAGUGCAGCAGGAAUUGGAAUCUGUGUGCUGAGAGUCAUUGUGAGUAUUUUUAGUCGUAUAUUUGCAAUUUUUAUAACUCCUGAUAAUGUUGGUUGAUUCAUUUGUCAUUAAUUUACAACCUUGCAUUCAGAGGGUUCAUUCAUAUUUUAACUAUCGCUGGCUUAUUUGGGAAUUUAGAAAAUAUUAUUAUCAUUGUGUUGUUUAAUAAUGUACAAGCUCAACUAUAAAGAAAAGUGUUUAGAUAAUAAUAUUAUAUUUUUUUAAAUAAAGAAGUGAUUCUUUUUUAUUAGAUUGCACCUUUUAGCAGAGGACCUUGAAAAUAAUGCUUAAAAUCAUGCCAGAUAGAAAUCUCUGCUAGCAGGGUUCAUUAUAGCUGAUGGUGUCACAUGGUUAAUGAAAGGUGGAUCCACUUAGGCCCUACCCUGUGAGCAGAGGCUACAUUCUUGCUGUGUGAGCUGGCUUGAGAAAAGUAGCCUCUGCGAACAACCGUUCAAAUCUGUCCAGAAAUCUGGACGAAUAAAUUUUAAAAAACGUUUUUUUCCUGUUCUUGACCUGUUUAGAGCAUUGCGUGACUCUUGCGUGAGUCUUGCGUAGCAGAUCAGAGUUGUCGCAAUUAUUUAUUAUUCCGGCGAAACUCACGUCAUUUGAUGACAGACCUGACGAUUAAUUUUGCUUGCGAAUCACGUGACGAAUUUCGUGCAUUCACAAUAGAAAAUUGGACGCUUGUCAACACAGGCUACUUUUUGCACAACACCUCACACAGCGAAAAUGUAGCCUCUGCUCGUGGGGUACUUGGGCCCUUUUGUGCAGUUGAGUUAUGAGUGAUUUUAAAAACAUGUAAGGGUUCCAACAUUUUUCCUAUACUAAAAGUAAUAAUAAUUAUUUAUUACAUUUAUCACUGAUAAAAAUGCCAGUGUUGUGAUCGAUCUAAAUUGAGUUUUUAUUUCAGGCAUGGCUAUGGUUCUGCUAUGGAACUUUUUUCACACUCAAGCAUUUUCCUAACAAGUGUGGCUUUUACUAUCCAUUCUGGUUUUUCUACACUGGAUGGUAAGCUAUCCAAAUAAUGUAUUUGUUCUUGGUACAAUAAUAAAUACAAUAAUUUUCAUUAUAGUAUAUAUGCAUGCAUGAAGCAAAAAUGCUGAUAUUUGCACCACAUUCAAUAAUUAAUCCAAAAUUGUUUCUUUAUGUUCAACUGCACAUAAUUAUGUUGCAUCCCUCUGACUCUUAUUAUCAGAUUAAGCUAAGUAAGAUUCUAAACUUGGCAUGUUGUAGUUUCUUGACUGAAAACUUCUUUUCAGGUUUCUUGCUGGACCAAUUGUUGUUGUAAUUGCAGCAUUUAAGAUACCAAAGUGGGAAAGGUGAGUUGAAAUUUCAUAUACUCAAUAUAACCAUCAUGAUAAUGAAGGAAAAAAACCUUUUGUCAGUAAAAUAAUUUGUUGUGCAAAGUUGUCUAUAUAGCGGAGAAUUUGCAAGUCAAGUCUUAAUUUUGACCUCAUGUAAAAUAAGAAAAAAAUUAUAAUAUAAAAGCUGACUUUAAAAGAUAGCCACUCUCAUUUUAUAAUUUGUUACAUAACUUUAUGCUCAAUAAUGUAACCUGCAUAUUUACAGUUGAAAUAUGUAUAUAUAUUUUUUUGUUCAGAGCUCAAGUUGUCAAUGGCAUUGAUUGGACAAUUUCAUUCCUAGCACACUUUGCUUUCUUGGUAAGUUUAGGUGGCUGAAAUACAUAAUUACGUACUAAUAACAGCUGUUAAAAAUUGCUUUAGACAAAGGUAGAGAAUGCAAUCCUUAUUUUGUGUUGGGCGUGCUUUUUUUUUUUUUUUUUUUUUUUUUUUUUUUAAUAACAUUUAUUCAAUCAACAAUCAACAAUCAAAAAUACUUACAAACACUACGAUACUUACACUACUUACAAUACAAUAUUUAGAAUACAAUAGACUAAGGUACUUACUCUGUAUUACAGUGUUAAGACUUACAAUACUCAGUACUUACAACACUACCUACUCACUACUCACACUACAAUGCACUAUUUACAAGCAGUUCUAAUCAGUAAUUGUACUUCAAAAAAAAAAAAAAAAAAAAAAAAAACAUUCACGGUAAACGCACUUAUAUCUUAAGUGUGCUUUGCUUUUUGUGUCAUUAUUAUAUUUGGUUCAAAUUUUUGUUUUCUGUCAUUUCAAUCUCAUUAUCAUUCAUUGCCAUACCCAAAAGGGGAAAAUAAAAUUUAUACCAAGGGAGAAAAAAUAUAUAUUUUACUCUAUCUUUAUCAUGCGCCAGUUUAGCUGGUCCCACUAUUGACAUUCAAUUUUUUUUUUAUCUGUUAGAAAAUUGUAGCCUUUUAACACUGCCAGAUUGAGAACACUACAAGCAAUUCUUAAGUAUUUGUGGAACUUUUUUCAUUAUAGGUUAUAACAAGACCUUCUGCUGCAAACAGUAAUUUUCCAUUUCAUUUGAGAACCAACCAGGUAAAAAAUCUUUCAUUAGAAUUUAAUCAGCUUUAGUACCUAUAUCUAUCAAAAACCAUUUCAGUCAAAACUUAAAUGGAGUUACUUUCUGAGGAGGGAAGUACAGGACGGUAAAUCUCCCUCCUCCCUUAUUUUGGGGGUAUUUUCUCCCUUUCGGCCAAGAUAUUCUGUGCCAGCCACGAAAACGUUUUGUCGGUGUUUAGCUUAGCUGAUUGUACCUUGGAAAAGCAACUCUCGACUUAGAAAAAUUGGAUCUGGGUCUAAGUUUAGCCGGCCCGAAUGGAUUUGAACCAUUGGCCGGUUUUUGCAGAUAAGAAGGUGAUAAUUAUUUGUGGACUAUGUUUCAUUCAGUUUGUUGUCUAUUCCAUGCGAAAUCCUGUCGUUUAUUCGAGCUUGAGAAAAGUAGUGUUUUGCUAACUAGUUAAGUUGUUAUGUAAGCCUUAACCAGGCACUUUUUGGCUGCAGUUCACUCAACUUAAAAAUUUCUAGACUCAAAUGACACCAGUUUGAAACUUCACGGAGUCAGACUACUGAAUAAGAUAAUGUUCUAAAAUUUGUGUCAUUUUAAAUUAUUUUUGGAAUCAUUGAAAUGCUUCUGGGGACCAAAAACUUACUGCCUUGCAUUAGAUAAGGGCUUUUAAUAGGCCUUUGAAUGAUUUUUUUAUUGUUUUAAAUUGCCAAGUAGUAGAAUGAGUUGAUUUUUUUGCUAACCCAGUUUUCAAAAAUCCCUAAGGGUAAACAAAUUACAAUUUUUAUUUAAAAAUCUAAUGGACGGCUUCAAUCCUUUUAGAUUGGCAUCCAAGAGAACCUUCCCUCUGCAAGACCUGCAGAGAAUGGCACUGCCUACUACACCCCGCCACUCCCAAAUGCACCACCGCCAUACUACUCACAACAAGAAGGUCACUUCACUGAUAUCACAUCCAUGUUUUUGGGAAAUGGAGUAGCAAAUGGAAACAAGGUAGGAUUUGUUAAAUCACAAUUUUUUCCCAUUAAAGUUGAACCUUCAUUAAGCAGCCGUCCCGUGGGUACUGGGAAGUGGCCGCUUAAUUAGUGAUGGAGGCUGCUGGCCAGCAUUGUGUCAUGUUUAAUGUCACCUCACCAUUCUUAAGCUUGGACAUCAAGCUCUUUUGGAUCAAUUUAAGUUUCUGGGAAACUGACCACCCACCCUUCCCCUAAGUCAACAUAAUCACUCACUUCCCACUUAGGGCAAACUGUUGGCUUAGGGGAGGGGUAGGUGGGCAGUUUCCCAGAAACCUAAAUUCAUCGGCUCUUUUUGGUGAAGCUUGGCCCGAAUGCUUGCAGCUGCCUAGGCACAAUCCCCUACAUACACUGUGCUAUAAUGAGCCUGUAAUAUAAAUUUCUUUAGUUUAGGGUUCUUUCCGAGACUCAUUAGCGACUUUAUUCGGUUCACUACCCACAAAUGUACAACAGAGUCCAGACUUUAAUACUUUUAAAAAUAAAUUGUUUUACAAUUUUAAUGAGUUAAGGGCCAGCGCGCACCUAAGUUUAACCUCAUAAGUUGUCUUGAUAAGACUGUUUCUUAGUUAUGGUUACUCACUGUAUUUAUAGCAUUUAGAUUUUACAGUUUUAACAGUUCUUAAGUGCAUUAUGUAGAUUAACUUGGAUCCAGUUUUUUUUAGAAUUAUUUAUAGCUUUUAGCAGUUUUUGAGUAACAUUUUUUUAGUUAGUAUGACAGAUGUAAAGUUCCAUGUAGAAAAACUGUCAAUAAAUAAUUGUUGUUGUUGUUGUUACAUUUAGCCACAUUGUAUUUAAGUCUGUGACUAGUGCUGUCAAACCCCACCAUGCAUCCAGAUUAAUUUGUCAGACUAUGCACAGAGCAGGGCUCAAAGUUAGCGACUAACUGGUCGCAUAUGCGACUGGAUUUUUGGUUGUGCGCCUAAAAAUUCAUGUGCAAUCGCACCUGUGCACCGUAAAACCCAAAGCACAGUGCGACUGACUUACUUCCGACUAUACUUACUAACUCGAACUAGAAAGACGGUGUAUGUUUAAUUGGUCUUUUCUCCCAAUGGAUUCCACGAACUCGAAUGUUCUUUUUCGUUUCGAUGUUUUUUUCCAUCCCAGACUUUUCUGUUUUGUAAUAAACACCGCUGACACAUGCAAAUAUAUGCUACGAAUGAAACACAUACUUUUUGCGCAAUGGACGAUCAUGUCGAACGUUCAUUUUUAACGUCAAUGAAAACAAAAACAGUGCGGAUUAAGAGCCUUUUUUUCCAGGUAAGAAAGUUUUUUGUUUCGUAUUCCAGUUACAUGUAAGUCAUUGCACAUUUAACAAAUUCAUUAAAGAUUAAUUUUCAUUCUUGUUCGACACACUCAUUGUUGUCAGUUUUGAAUUACUUUUCAAGUGUAAGUUUUCUUUAAUCACAACUGUACUGUCAAAAAGAGAAAUUGGUAUUAAAAAUCACAACGGUAUUACUGCGUAGCAAAUCGGCUGUGUUUUAUCAGUCACAGGACUGAAGUAAAAGUAACAAACUGAAGAUGACAAAUAAACUUUACUUUUUCUUUUGAAAUAGAUGCUCCCAACAUUAUAAGCUGUGCUCCUAAAAUUUUCAGCUGUGCGCCUAAAAUUUCGGCAGUGCGCCUAAAAAUUUACAUCUGGUGGCACAAGUGCUCCCAAACUCAAAUUUAAACUUUGAGCCCUGCAGAGAUGAAUUGUUUUGCCCUCACACAUUACUAGUGCAUCUUAUAUCAGCAGUAUUUGUGUGCUCAAUAAAACGUUUUUUUUUUUACUGAUUCUGCAGCCAGCCAGUUUAUCUAUGAAUGGAAUGCAUAAUGGCACAGCCAAUGGUUACCCCAUGAUACCACAGUCAUCUCAAUCAGUUCCCUCAGCAAGAUCAUAACAGCAAGCAAAUUAUUUUGUUAUAACUUCAUAAUAAUAAAAUGUACAGUAAAAUAAAAUUUUCAGGCUUACCAUCAACAAUGGCAAGUCUUCAGGUGGCAUUCACAGUCAAGCCAGGUCAAGCAUACUGGCAGGCUAUAGAUUGUAUUAAUAAUCAUAAUUGAAUCUCUUGGUCAUUACUACUGUACUCAGGCAUUGAUGUUCAAGCCUGCAGUCCUGUAUGCAUAUUGGGCAAGGAAUUUUUGUAGUACAACCUCUCUGGAUCUGGUCAGAUUGAAAAAUCUUUGUCAUGAAACACGUGUAUACAUGAGUCAAAAAAUAAGCUGAUGAGCUGACAGAAAUUUUUAUGACCUCGCAUGUGGGGGUAUACUUGACCUGGUUUGACUGUAAAAGAAUACGGUAAAAAGAAUCCAAGAUAAAUUAAAAAGAACCCUUGAUCUUUGGUGACAGCAGUGCUGAAAGUGUUUUUGGUCGAUUAUGAUAAAUUUUAAAGGAUCUUAAUUAAAUUUGCAGUUUCUAAUUAUGUAGAUUAUUACUGUUGAAGGCAGCUAUCAUUUUACAAACUUACAUUUUGCAUUUCAAUUAAUAUUAAAAUUUAAGGUAAGAAGGACAAUUAUUUUACGGUAAAGAUAAAUAUUUUGAUCAUGUUCGCCACCAAGAAAGACUAAUGGAUAUGAAGUACUGUCUGUGGUUCAUGGAAUAAUGUCAAAGAAUUCAAGCAUAUCUUAAUGUACAAAUUUGUUUUGCUAGUUGUAAAUCAUCAUGCAUUCACAUAUUAAUGUCAUAAUACUGCGUGUAAGUUAUACGUUCAUAUUACUACCAGUAUACCACUGUGCUUGUAAAAAAAUGUUGUGCAAACAUUAAGUUAUUUUUCUAUGUUGUUAAAAAAGAUGUAAUAUUAAGUAUUUAGCAAGACAGGAAUAUUAUCCUUAGUAUAAAUGAUAUGCCAGUUACAAACUGUACCUUUAAAAGGGCCAACAUUUAUUCUCCACUAAGUGUAGAAAUUUUAGUUUUGGGUUUUUGUGAAAAAGAUCAAUGUCUUGUUAAUUAUAUCUCAUUGUUCUAUUUGAGAGUCAUCUAUUUACAUACAGAACUCUAAAAACGCUUGAAUAUUUCCAGCAUAUCCUUAACUAAUGGACAAGCCUUUCAUGUUUUGCUUGCCUGGGGCAACUUCUUGCUUGUCUUAGUUAACCCUUUAAGCAGUAAGUGUGAUCAGCAUCAAAUUUCUCCUUGUAAUAUCAAUAAUGCUUUGUAAAACAGAGUGGUCAUGAGAAUUACGGACAUGACCACACAAAAUGAAUUUGCUUGAUAUUUUAUCAACUUCUCCACCUUAAUUCUGUAGAAAAUGAAUAGGGGCAACAAAUGAGAAUUCAAAUUUUGAUCAUAGGGUUUAAAGGGUUAUUUAUUGACUUAGUUAGUGGCUGACUUGCCAAGAGUCUUGACCAUUGGGCAAGUGAGGUUCAGCAUUUACUUUCCCAGCAAGACAAACUUCUCUUCCUGGAUGAGCAGACAGGACUCUUUCUUUAUCCCUGACAUCUGGGGCGGAUCCAGGAUUUAGUGGAGGGGGGUUCGGAUGAAUGUCUGCCAAAGGCAAACCAUCCUAGGAGGGUUUGGAUACCUUUGAAACGAACCCCUUUUCUUAGCUGUUUUAAACAAUUAAACUACUCUUAAAAAUUUACAAUAAUCGAGACCAAUAACAAAUAUAAAUCUGAAAUAACAGUUACAAAUUUGUAUUUCCCAUGUUCUCUAAAAAUCACCCUCGGCAUUUAAAACCAGGAAAGGACUCCCCUCUGUCAAUUAAUGUUUUUUUUCUUUUCAUCACAGUCAUUUUUCAAAAGAAAACAUUUAGGUAUUUGUCAGCGAUGUAUGUCCACCGAAGGUUUUCAUCAGAAACUGCUCAUGUUUAAAAGUUUCAUUUCAGUUUAGAGGGUUUGAACAAACCACCCGAACCACCUCUGGAUCUGCCCAAGGACAUAUAUACAUGUACAAGGCCUGACUCGUCCCCAGUCGUCUCUCUCUCUUUGUUGUCUCACCUUAGUCAUGCAAAGACAACUGGGGAUGAGUCAGGUACAAGGCUAAUUAUAUAAAAAGUGUCACAGGGAUUUCAAAAGGACAAUAUUGGUUACUGCUAUGAGCAAAAACUGAAAAAUCUCUUCUUGAACAAGGUGAACAUGUUAGUAAGAUGACUUGAGCAUUAUUUUUUAUGUUUGUAUCAGUUUUUGGAUGUGGUACAUAAACUAUAACACUUGGUGGUUUAUAAAUUGUUUGGUCAGAGAAUAAUUAAGAGUUAAAUUGCAUAAAAAAUAUUUAGCAACCUUCUGAUAGUACUCUAGCAUGCUAUUUUUCAGUCUGUACAGUGCUGUCAUAAUAUAAACAAUUUUACAACACUUUUACAAGUGAAGCCAUUUGAGUUUUGUUUCCUUAGUAUCAGGAGCAAGAACUAUGUACAUGUGUAAGGGUGUACCAUCUUGAAGCCUUUUCAUUCCUCAGUUGACAGUCCGAUUCUAAUUAAAGUAUUAAAAACAAGCAGAAAAUUGGAAACAUUCUUCUGUAUUGUAUAUCUUAAAAUUGAUUUUAUAUUAUUAAGUGAAUAUUCUCGCCAACAUCUAAACAGCAAGAAAAUCUGCAUGCGUGAAAAAAAUAAUAAAUUGUUAACUGUUAUAUAAUAAUUUUUUUUUAUUUAAUUUUAUAACUGUUUCAAACAAGUUAGUAUUUAUAAAUAUUUGCUACUUGUAUUGCAAAGAUCAAUGUUUUUCCAGGGUUAAGUUAGGUAUUUAGCUUUAGUGAGGAACCCUCAGAAAUAUAAACUUAGGUUCAUUUUUUGUUUUAACUCUACUGCAUUGAUUUUGUUGAUUGAUGGAGACUAAAAUCUGAGCAGCCUCAUUAGCUUUACAUCAAUUUUCUUAAACGCUGAAUACUUUUUUCAAGUUGGUCACCAUCUUGAUGAGCUUCGUAGCCCUUUGCUAUUGGUGAAAAUUAUGCCAUCAAAAAUUUUACUAAGCCAUAGUAUAGCAUUAUUGGGGUUACUUAGAUUAGUAUUUUCUUUUUUAAAAAUAAUAGUAUACAGUUGAACCUCCUUACAAUGACCACCUUGGGGACAGAAGAAAGUGGCCAUUAUCGAGAGGUGGCCGUGAUAGAAAGGUUGUUCACAAGAGUGACUGUAAGGACUGUCUGCCCAAAAAAAUGGCCGUUACGCAGAGAGGUGGCCAUUACUGAAGGUUCGACUGUAUUCACGAAUUUGUUUUCUACAAGUUAGAGUGAUUACUGUCAAACUCUAGAAAUCAUGAGUAGCAUAUUUCCUCAAAUAAUAGCCGUCCCUCAAUUAAUUGCCUCCCUCAAAUAAUUGCUCCCCCGCCCCUCUAGCCAUUUUCUCUUCCUUUUAUCUCCUUCCUUUCAAGUUGAAGUGCAAUGUGAUCCAGCCAAACUGAUCAGUGAUGAUUCAAGCUCUGAAAAAGGAACUACAUUUGAAACACUUAAAAAGCCCAUGUUCAGUUUGUAUUAUUAUUUUUGAUGUGAUUAUUUUUUUAUUAAAUGGGAAAAUAAAUAAAAUAUUUAGGGCACAACUUCCUGUGAGCUAGCAAUAUUUGAAAUAAUUGCCUUCCCUUGAAUAAUUGGCCCCUUUUUGUGCGAAAAAAGAAAUAAUCGACCCCGGCUAUGAUUCGAGGAAAUACGGUACCUGAUGUUUUUGUUGGAACCAUGCAAUCACAAGAAUCACCUUUGUUGCAUUUUAAGUUUUCUUCCAUUUGUUUGGCUUUUUUCCAGCCUCAAAAACAUUGCAGAAAUAUUAUUUUCUGUUGUUAACGAUUUUGUGAGUUUCACAGUAAUAAUUAAUGCAUGUAGUAUUAUUAUGAAGUGUUAUUAAUGAAGUUUGAUUUAAAUGAGUUGAUGUUGCUCCUGAAAAAGGACAAACAUCCUUUUUCUGCUCAAUGACUUGCUUUUUAGACUUCUACCAGGAAGUGACAAGUAAAAGGAAUGGUGAUGUUGAGGUGUUGUAAGCUGUC